GUGUGUGUGUGUGUGUGUGUGUGUGUGUGUGUGUGUGUACGCUCAUAACUUGACAGCAGCCUUUAUCAGUGAGCAGCAGCUGUUGAGAUCAUGCAAUUCUUCAUCUUGUCCAGUCUGAGAGCAACUGUAAGAAGCAGAGUCAUCUCCAGAGACACGCAGAGCCGAAGUGGGAACCACGACCAUGCCUCUGCUCCUGAGUCUGCUCAUCUUGCUUGGAGGUCAAAGCUCGUCAGCCUGCCCCCACCUAUGCUCUUGCCAAGGCAGUCAGGUGGAUUGCAGCCGCAGGUCUCUCACCUCUUCCUCCCUGCCCACGAGUUUCCCGUCAGGAACUACCGAGCUCCAUCUCCACCAUAACCACCUGACCACCCUUCCCAAUGGGUUCCUGGACGACCUGACCUCCCUACGCUCCGUCUCCCUUCACGAUAACCCCUGGAUUUGUGACUGUGGCGUUCUCUACCUGCGGGCCUGGCUGCGACGUCAGCCCAGCAACCACCCAUCACACUUGGGGGUGAACUGCAGCUCCCCUCCCAGCCUGAGAGGACGGCUGGUGGUGUAUCUAACUGAGGAGGAGGUACUGGAGUCCUGCCAGUACUGGUAUUGUAACCUGGCCAUUGCCUCUUUGGUGUGUCUGUUUGUAUUUGUGGCGGUCCAAGUGUUUUUGCUGGUGGCGCUCAUUGUUUUCCUGAGGAGGUUUGAGAGGCUGUCCAGGGAGGCGAGACGAACGACAGAGGAGAGCUUUACGGCUGGGGAGAAUCAGAGGGAAAACGAGUUUGAGCAUCUAAAGGACAGCACAUUAUGAGAGGGAGCUGUGAUGUGUGGACGGCUGAGUUUCAUGUCCACACUCCCAAGAACAUGUCACAAACUGAGACUAUAACCUUCAUUUUCAUAUGUAUUGAAACAAAAUACAAACGAUGUCAAUCAUCAACGUGACACUGACUACAAUGAAUACAUACAGUGAAUGCAUUUGCAGUUUAAUUAGGAAAAUGCACCCCAUUAGUCAUCAUAGACCACGACAAAUAAAAAAAGAUUAAAAUCAGCCUGACAAAGGGCCUAACCUUACACUUAUUCAUACCAGAGGGUUAUAGUUCCUAUAGCACAACACUUGCCAGGAUUAUCAUUAUGGUUUCAUUGCAUGGUUAAUAUUGUUAUAGUAGGAGGGGACCCGGGUGGGAUGGCUGGGUUGGCGUCCCCGUCCCGAUGCAGAUGACUCCGUAGGGUGGCGUUCCCUCUCUGGUCCUUCUGUGCUACUCCUUUUUUUUUAACUCUACAUUUUAAUUAUUAUGAUGUUGUGCGUAUGUGGGGUUUGUGUGUGGGGUGAUGUGGGUGUUGGGCCCUGCUUUAAGUUUUUAAAUUGUACAAUUGUUAAACAUGUAAUGCACUUUGUGCUACAUAUAAUGUAUGAAAAGUGCUUUAUAAAUAAAGUUUGAUAGAUUGAUAGAUUGAUUGAUUGAUUGAAUGACAGUAAUCCCACAAGUCUGACUGUUGAACAAUUCCACCAAAACAUGUAGUGGAUGGGACAAUUUAUACUUUCAUUUCUAUCUGGAUUACAAACUAUGUAAAGUGCUAUAUAUGUAUCCCUGGUGCUUUCAUGAUGCGAUUUUUCCAACAUAUCGGGAAAUGUCGAUACUGAUUUAUCUUUGUACAAUUCAAUUCUUUUUACUUGUUCGCAACAGACUUAUAUACACUUUAUACCACAUGUUUGUGCAAUCAUAUUUGGCAGAAAACUGGAAAAGCUGUUACUGUUUGGAGCAGUUCUGAAUAAUUUUGCUCCUGUGGUUUAAUCAAGAUUACUGAGUCGGUCAUUUAGACCUUAAUUCAACCGAAAUCAGCAUAAAUGAAGACAGUCACACACACAACCUGUUUUUUAUGGUGAUAACGGUAUGUACAGUAGGUAUUGGUUUUGUUGAGAGAGAAGAGUUUAAUAAACAAUUGAACUGAUCUGAUCUGUUUGUGUCACAGUUUCAUUGAUCACUACAUUGCAAUGACUUUGAAUGAAAUAAGUUUGAUGUUAAAAAAAAAGGAAAGGCUUAGUUGUACUGAAGCUACUUUUGUCAUUUUAUUGUAGGUUAACUUUUCU